UAUGAGUUAGUGUUAGCUUUGUGUGCAAACCCUCGCCUGGUUUCGAAAAAGCUGGUUAUAGCUGGAUAGUGAGAUACUACACGGUUGAUCACGAUGUGAUGGCGAGGGUUGAUCGUGUCCAGCUAAUAGAGCAUUCGUGGAUCUUCGUUCCACAAUCAGUUUAUCGUUUUUAGCCCGUUCACCGGACAAGUCAUGUUUGGCUUUUUUGUCUCGUCGCGUGUUCUUAACUAAUUAAAAAUCACUUGUGUUUUAACAUUAAAUUUUUACUUCGUUGUCACACAACUGCAGCACCAAUAUCGAAAUGACAUUUGACUUUAUCGCCGCUGCCUGUCUGGUGCAACCGUUCGAUGGAAGCGUGGAAAACUUGCCAUCGUUCAUCGAUUCCGUAAAAUUACUCGCCGAAUCAACUCCCCACCAUCAGAUGCCGAUUGCUGCGAAAUUUGUGAAAACACGUUUGGUUGGGAAGGCAUGUUCCAGCAUCUCAAGUGAUUGGUGGACCAUUGAAGAUCUAAUCGACGAGGUGAAAACGAUGUGCCUUAAACGUGAGACACCGGAAUACAUCAUCGCCAAGUUGAGAAUUCUCAAACAAAAAGAGGCGCUUCUUCCGUUUUGCGAACAAGUGGUGAAGCUUACAAACAAGCUGGAAAUGACAUUUUUUGUCAGCUUGGAGAUAUCUCGUGAAAGAGCUCGUGCAAUGGCCAUCACGAUUGGCGUGCAGGCGUUGGUGAAUGGCUCCGUGCAGAUACACCGGUCACUGGACAGUCACAAUUUUAGCACAAUUGAGCAGGCUGUUACAGAGGGGAUAAAGAUGACGAGCGAGUAUAGCAGAUUUGGUCACGAAACGAUCACGACUACCGAUUUAGCCAUUAUUUGACUUUUUUGCAUGAUUUAAAAGUUGUCUCGUCACGAUAUGCUCGUUUGAAUCCCGCUAAUUGAUGUUCCGGUAACAUGAAUCCUGCUAAUUGGAAUAAAGUUGUUGCUCAUUUGAUUUUGAGAAUCACUCAAUCGUCUAAAUUUAGCUGUUUGCUGUUUGAGUGUGAUAAUUUGGAAUCGUACAACCAACAGCUGUUUAAUCCAAGGGUUAAUUUCACCAUAUUUCGUUUCACUGGAUGGUAAUUUCAUGGUAAUUACAUGUUUUAUCAUUUUCGUGGUUAAGGGGUUACAUACAUGUAGAAAAUCACAACAUUUCAUAUUACAGA